AUGGUGAGGAUGCAGGAGGUGGUUGGGAGGGCAAGAGCUGCCUUCAGCUCGGGCCGGAGCCGUACGCUGGAGUUCAGGAUGCAGCAGCUGAAGGCCUUGAAGCUGAUGGUGAACGAGAAGGAGAAGGACAUCCUGGCAGCCAUCAUGGCAGAUCUGCACAAGAGUAAGACCAAUGCAUACUGCCAUGAGAUCCUGGGCCUGCUGGGGGAGCUGGCCCUGGUCAUGGACAAGCUGAAGUCCUGGGCAGCCCCUCAGCCUGUGAAGAAGAACUUGCUGAUGAUGCGGGAUGAAGCCUACAUCUGCCCCGAGCCGCUGGGAGUGGUGCUGAUCAUUGGGGCCUGGAACUACCCCUUUGCUCUGGUCAUCCAGCCUUUAAUCGGAGCCAUCGCAGCAGGUAAUGCUGUGGUGGUGAAGCCGUCGGAGAUCAGCGAGAACACGUCUCAGUUGCUGGCUGAUCUUCUUCCCCAGUACCUUGACCCGGAGCUGUACCCUGUGGUCACUGGGGGAGUGUCCGAGACAACAGAGCUGCUGACCCAGAGAUUCGAUCACAUCCUGUACACUGGCAACUCCACAGUGGGCAAAAUGGUGAUGGCAGCAGCUGCCAAGCACCUGACACCCGUCACCCUGGAGCUGGGUGGGAAGAGCCCCUGCUACAUAGACACAGACUGUGACCUGGCUGUUGCCUGCAGGCGUAUAACGUGGGGGAAGUACAUGAACUGUGGGCAAACCUGCAUUGCCCCAGACUACAUCCUCUGCAACCCUUCCAUCCAGAGCAACGUGGUGGAGAACAUCAAGGCAGCUCUGCAGGAAUUCUAUGGGGAAGAUGUGAAGUCAUCUGUGGAUUAUGAAAGGAUCAUCAAUAAGCGCCACUUCAGGAGGGUCCUGAGCCUGAUGGAAGGGCAGAAGAUUGCUCAUGGGGGAGAGGUGGAUGAGGCCUCCUGCUUCAUAGCACCAACUAUCCUGACUGAUGUUUCUCCGGAGUCAAAGGUGAUGGAGGAGGAAAUCUUUGGACCAGUCCUCCCCAUUCUGACUGUGAAGAAUGUAGAUGAAGCCAUUGAAUUCAUCAACCGUCGGGAGAAGCCCCUUGCCCUGUAUGUCUUCUCCAACAACAAGAAGUUAAUCAAAAGAGUCAUCUCAGAAACCUCCAGUGGGGGUGUUACUGGAAACGAUGUCAUCAUGCAUUACCUACUCUCAACCUUACCCUUUGGUGGAGUUGGUAACAGCGGGAUGGGCGCCUACCACGGCAAGUACAGCUUUGAGACCUUCUCCCACCACCGCUCCUGCUUGAUCAAGGACCUGAAGAUGGAGAGUACAAACAAACUCCGGUACCCACCUGGCAGCCAGAAGAAGGUGAAUUGGGCCAAGUUCUUCCUCUUGAAAAGGUUUAACAAAGGCCGAAUAGGACUGGUCGUCUUUGUCCUGCUGGGGAUUGUGGCAGCACUGGUGCUAAAGAAUCACCAGUCUGUGCUGAAGAGAAAAGCCCUCUUGAUUGUGCUGGCUGUUCAGAGGCUGGGCUGGCUCAGUGUGUGA